ACUGAAGAUCAUUAUUAACACAUGACUCCCAGACGCCCUCUGGUGGCUAAGUGCUUUAUUUAAAACCCUAUAAGGUACUUGGAUGUUAAUUAGGGGGCGGGGCUAAACACAGGUGCGCGCGGAUUUGAAUUUAGCGUCUCAACAAACAGGACCAGUUAAUAAAGCUCGUGUUUCUCAGACAAUGAGCGGUAGGAAGCUGAAGCUGUUUGGGGGAUUAAUGAAAGUCCCCGAGAGAGAGUUAAUGGGCGACGUUUUGUUGCGCGAGACCACCGAACCGUCGCUUCCGGUGCACGUGAACAUCGGUAAGCUGCUCCGGACAGAAGAUGGACAGUACAUAGACAUGGAGGACAGAGACGAUGCUGUCAAGAAAAGACAGCUCGCCAACGCCAAAGAGCGGCUCCGGGUUCGGAGUCUGAACAGCAUGUUCUCUUAUCUGAGGCGGAUUGUGCCUGUGAUGCCCCGUGACCGCAAGCCCAGUAAAGUGGACAUGCUGAAGGCGGCGACCGAAUACAUCCGCCUGCUGUCCUCCGUGCUCAGCGACACCUCAGCACACAACAACGGAGCAUCAAGCGAGCUGCUGGACACCGUGAGCAGCUUUUCCCACUCAGACGACAGGUGUGCUGACCUGUGGAGUGUGGACGACGUGCUCGACUCUCUGUCCAGUCCGUCUUUAUCAGUUUCGCCUCCGUCCAUCACUGUGGCAGCAGAAGCCGAUGAGAUCGAUCUGAACGACGUGAGCGUGCAGUGUGCCGUCCCCGUCUACAUCAUACAGGUCGGAUCUGACCACACACUGGUCUAUCAGACGAGAUGAUGAUGAUGAUGAAGACGAGGACGAGUGCGUUGUUUCCUCUUACCUCUGAAUCCUGAAACAUGAAUUUGACCUUGAACGAAGAAGGAUUGUGUAGAAACAGUUUAUUUUGCUUUCAGUUGUUUGACGAGGUUUAAGUUUGUCUUGUGUUUAAGUGGAUGUGAAGCAGCCUGAGUUUUUUUUUGUUUGUUUGUUUGUCAUAAAUUAAAUGAGCACUUUCUAAUAAAAUAUGUCUGCAAUCA